GAAGGUUCAGGCCGUUGCACUGGUCUGCCCACGGAAGAUGGCGCAGAACUCGGCUUCGGCCCAGCAGCCUGAUCCCGACUGGAGUGCCGCCGUCCGCCCGCUUCUCGCUGCUUCCUAUUCCACCUUUGAGCCGCGAGAUAUUUCUCAGCUCUUCAGCUCGGUCAUAAACAGUGAGAAGGAGAUUCUGCAUCAUGAGAAACAUUAUGAGCCAUUCUACUCAUCAUUUGUGGCUUUGUCUGCACAUUACAUAUCAACAGUCUGUGCACAAAUUCCUAGGAAUCAACUACUAUCUGUUGCUGCUGCAUGUAAAGUCCUGAUAGAAUUCUCAUUGAUGCGUCUUGAGAAUCCAGAUGAAGCAUGUGCUGUUUCGCAGAAACACUUGAUCCUCUUGAUCAAGGGCCUUUGCACUGGCUGUAGCCGACUGGACAGGACUGAGAUAAUUACUUUCACAGCGAUGAUGAAGUCAGCCAAACUGCCGAAGACAGUAAAGACUCUCUCAGAUGUGGAGGAUCAGAAAGAGCCUGUCCCUCCAUUGACACCGGAACUACGACAAAAGGAGGUGCAAAUGAAUUUCUUGAACCAAUUGACUUCCGUUUUCAACCCAGAUGUAUCAACCUCAUCUGCCCCUCCUCCUGUGGCUCAGGCGGAUGGAGAAAAUGUUGAACAGACAGCAGCAGACCAAGUAACUGUUACUAAGAUGAAAAAUGCAUUUAUUGCACAGAAUGUAUCCAGUUUACAAGCAUUGGGAGGCUCUGAGAAGCUGUUACGUGUCUGCUUAAACCUUCCCUACUUCCUGCGAUACAUCAACCGUUUCCAGGAUGCUGUUUCUGCCAACUCCUUUUUCAUUAUGCCUGCUACAGUUGCAGAUGCAACUGCAGUACGAAAUGGAUUCCAUUCCUUGGUUAUUGAUGUUACUAUGGCACUGGACACACUCUCUCUGCCUGUUCUUGAACCUCUGACCCCUGAAAGACUACAGGAUGUAACUGUAUUGGCUUUGAGUUGUUUAUAUGCAGGAGUGAGUGUUGCAACAUGCAUGGCUAUUCUACAUGUAGGCAGCAGCUUGCAAGUUCGAUCAGGGUCGACCAGUAAAGAUGAAGACUAUGAAAAUGACGCAGCCACAAUCGUACAGAAAUGUUUGGAAAUUUAUGACAUGAUUGGCCAAGCUAUUAACAACUCACGACGUGCAGGUGGAGAGCAUUAUCAAAACUUUCAAUUACUGGGAGCUUGGUGCCUUCUGAAUAGCCUCUACUUGAUCCUGAAUCUCAGUCCUUCAGCACUGGCUGACAAGGGAAAAGAGAAAGAUCCACUGGCUGCUCUUCGAGUCCGUGAUAUUGCCGCACGUGCGAAAGAAGGAGCUGGGUCUCCCAAAUUAGCCCCAGUUAAAGGACACCAAGGAUUUGGCAUUCUGUCUGUGGUUCUUGCAAAUCAUGCUAUCAAACUGUUGACAUCACUUUUUCAGGAUCUACAAGUAGAGGCCCUUUACCAGGGCCGGAGAAGCGAUGGUCCACCUGCAGAGCUUAAUAUCAUGGCACAGAGCUCCUCCAUUCAGCGUGUACAGAGAUUAAUUGAAUCUGUUCCUCUCACAAACUUGCUUUUCACACUUUUGUCAACAUCUUACAGAAAGGCUUGUGUUCUUCAACGCCAACGCAAAGGCUCUGUGAGUAGUGAUGUCAGCGCGUCCACUGAUUCAAACACUUAUUAUGAAGAUGAUUUCAGCAGCACUGAAGAAGAUAGUAGUCAAGAUGAUGACAGUGAACCAAUUCUUGGCCAAUGGUUUGAAGAAACCAUCUCACCCAGUAAGGAAAAAUCAGCGCCGCCCCCUCCACCCCCACCACCUCCCCUUGAAAGUUCCCCACGGCUGAAGAGUCCAAAUAAACAGACUACUGGAGAGAAUGGCAACAUAUUAGCGAGUCGCAGAGACCCUGAGUUGUUUCUCAACCUUGCUUCAAGCAUCCUCAAUUUCAUUACAUCUUCAAUGCUGAACUCAAAGAACAACUUCAUCCGGAAUUACCUGAGUGUGUCUCUGACUGAACAACAUAUGAUGACACUAGCAAGCAUCAUCAAAGAUGUGGACAAAGAUGGAACCAAAGGAUCAUCAGAUGAGGAUUUUGCAGUGGCAUUGUAUCACUUCAACCAUUCAAUGGUUACCUCUGACCUUCCAUCACCAAUCCUGCAGAACACACUUCUGCAGCAGCUGGGGAUUGCCCCUUUUUCAGAGGGUCCGUGGCCUUUAUACGUCCAUUCGCAGAGCCUCUCUGUACUUUCACGCUUGUUACUAAUCUGGCAGCACAAAGCUAAGGCACAGGGUGAUCCAGAUGUCCCAGAGUGCAUGAAAAUCUGGGAAAGGUUUAUUGGGACACUAAAGCAGAAUAUAUUCCAGGGAGUAUUACCAACCGACUCCGAAGACCUAAAUGUUGAACAUCUUCAACUCCUGCUGCUAAUUUUCCAUAACUUCUCGGAGAAUGGCCGGCGCAUGGUGCUCACGAUGUGCGCACAAGUGAUUGUUGAAGUGGCAUCAAAGUCAGAGACUCAGCUUCGAUGUGUGCCACUGACACUUGCCAGAUUGCUGCUGGUUUUUGAAUAUGUCCUUCAGCAGUAUUCAAAAGUGCCAAUGUACCUAUUUGAACAGGUUCAGUACAAUCUACUAACUCCACCAGCUUGCACUGCUGGCACCAGUGCCAGUGGUACCCAGGAAUCUGGCCGGCGUCAUAUGCCAUUUUACCAUGGAUUUAAAGAGGUUGAAGAAAACUGGGCAAAACACAGUGGGACAGAGUCUGCACCUUUACCUAAAUUCUACAGCAUUCUUUCUCAUGAGACUUCUGGUGAUGACAGCAGCAAGCUAGAUGAGACGGUCUUUGAUGUUCUCUUUAGUGCUGCUUUAAAGUAUGAUGACCUAUAUGCAUCACUGAUCUUGUUACUAUCAGCUGGCUCGCAGUUUGAUGCUCUCAAGCGGGAAGAGCACAAGAAUGCAACACCUGUGGAGGCAUGCUCUGUUCAGUAUUAUUUCUUGAUUUUGUGGAGGAUCCUGGGAAUCAUGCCUCCAUCAAAAGCCUAUGUUAAUCAAGUGGCAAUGAAUACAACAGAGCUGAAUGAAUGUGACAUCCUGCAUACGCUCCGAUGGUCAUCACGCCUUUGUAUUGGCACUUACGCAACCUGGAUCAAGGAUCACCUGGUGCGACAGGGCAUGAAGCCAGACCAUGCUGAUUCACUGGUAGAGCUGGCCAUUACCAAAUGCAGUUCUGUGAAGUAUGAUGUAGAACUUGCAGAGGAGUAUGUUGCCAGGCAGGUAUCGUCCUGUUGUGGAAUUGAUGCAACUACUAUUCUCCCACUAAGUCGUCUCCCUAACAUGCAGACUAUCUAUACACUUGAUGCAGUCAUAUCAAAGGUCCAGGUUUCUUUGGAUGAGUACUUUUCCAAAGUGGCUGCAGAAACUGAUUCACACAAAACCUCUGAGAUCACAAAGAAUUUGCUUCCUGCAACUCUUCAGCUUAUUAGCAUGUAUGCUACCUUUGCCAGGUCAUAUCUACUGAGGAGCCUCUGUGAGGAGGGCUCAACUGAGAGCCCCACUGACGAGAAGCUGCAAGGUUAUGCAGCAGCACUGGCGAUUGGAUCUGCUCGUUGCAAGACUAACUCUGUUGCUCAAUUGGUAAUACAGAACCUACCAUCAGCUGUUCAGACACUGUGUGAAACAUGGAACAAUGUUCACACCAAUGAGUUUCCCAACAUCGGAUCAUGGCGGAAUGCGUUCGCAAAUGACAUCAUUCCUGCAGAGAGCUACAUUAGUGCCAUCCAGGCUGCACAUCUUGGCACAUUGUCAAAUCAGAGUCUGCCACUGGCUGCCUGCCUAAAGCACAUUCUACUGUCUCUGGUCAGGCUCACUGGUGACCUUAUAGUGUGGUGUCCUGAAGAAGUGAAUCCACCACAAGUUAUUCAUACAUUGUUGCCAUUGCUGUUGGAGACGAGCACAGAAAGUGUGUCGGAAAUCAGCUCUACUUCACUGGAACGGAUCCUGGGACCUGCAGAAUCUGAUGAGUUCCUUGCACGUAUCUAUGAGCGACUCAUCACCAGCUGCUAUAAUAUAAUUGCUCUCCACUCCGAUCCCAACAGUGGUCUUGAUGAAACUAUUUUGGAGGAGUGCUUGCAAUACCUGGAAAAGCAGCUGGAGAGCAGUCAGGCACGCAAAGCCAUGGAGGAAUUCUUCUCUGAACGUGGGGAACUGGUACAGAUCAUGAUGGCUACAGCCAAUGAGAACCUAUCAGCAAAAUUCUGUAACAGAGUGUUGAAGUUUUUCACAAAGCUCUUCCAGCUUGCGGAGAAGAGCCCAAACCCAAGUCUUCUACGUUUGUGUGGCUCAUUUGCACAACUGGCCUGCGUCGAACCCAGCCGCUUGCAAGCCUGGCUAACAAGAAUGACACAUGCACCCCCCAAGGACUCUGACCAGUUGGAGGUGGUACAAGAAAACAGACAACUUUUGCAGAUUCUGACUGCAUGUAUCGUUCGAGAAAACAGCCAAGUUGGAGAAGGUGUUUGUACAGUAUUACUCAACACGCUUAUUCCCAUGGCAACAGAAAUGUUGUCCAACGGUGAUGGAACUGGAUUCCCGGAGCUGAUGGUUGUUAUGGCAACAUUGGCUAGUGCUGGGCAGGGAGGAGGACACCUACAGCUUCACCGAGCAGCUGUGGACUGGUUAGAAAAGUGUAAGAAAUAUCUGUCCCAGAAGAAUGUCCUUGAGAAGGUGGGAGCGAAUGUAACCCAGGGGAAGCAUGUAGGUAUGCUUGACUGCUCCUGCCAUAUCAUGACUUAUCUCGCGGAUGUCAUGAAUGCCCUGAGACAGAGUAGUGGGCAAGGUUCAACACAUGUGCUAGUGGAUGGUGAAGAAAGAGCAAUAGAGGUUGAUUCUGAUUGGGUUGAAGAUCUAGCUGUGGAAGAAGAGGACUCGCAAGCGGAAGACUCGGAUGAAGAUUCCUUAUGUAACAAGCUCUGCACGUUCACAAUUACGCAGAAGGAAUUCAUGAAUCAGCACUGGUAUCAUUGCCACACUUGUAAGAUGGUGGAAGGAGUAGGUGUCUGCACCAUUUGUGCAAAAGUCUGUCAUAAAGAUCAUGAGAUAUCUUAUGCCAAAUAUGGAUCAUUCUUCUGUGAUUGUGGAGCAAAGGAAGAUGGGAGUUGUCAGGCUUUAGUAAAGCGGAGUCCAAGCAGUGGAAUCAGUUCUUCCAUGAAGGAAUCAUCUGCCUUCCAAAAUGAACCUCGUGUCCCAGAAAGUGCCUUGCGGCAUCAGAGCUCAUCUCCAGCAGACAAGUGCAAGGUGGUGAGUGCAGAUGGCAAGACCUGUGAAGAAGACAAGCCUAAGAAGAGUUCCUUGUGCAAACAGAUUGAGGGCUGCAGAGAGGAGCUGCAGAGCCAGGUGUCUGGCUGCUCCACUGCUGGAUUGGUCCUAGAUAUGCUUGUCUUUCUGAUGGAUGCAAUUCAGACAAACUUUCAACAAGCCUCAGCUGUUGGCAGCAGCAGCAGAGCCCAACAGGCGCUGGAUGAUCUGCACACAAUGGAGAAGAAUAUGGAAAUGACUGACCAGCUGAUGGUACGCCCUGGAACUGGAAAUGGAGUGUUAAGGGUUCCAACUCUGGGUUCUCAGGAAGGAGCCUUUGAAAAUGUGAGGAUGAACUACAGUGGGGAUCAGGGACAAACAAUUCGACAGCUAAUCAGUGCACAUGUGUUACGCCGCGUUGCUAUGUGCGUGCUCUCCUCUCCCCAUGGACGACGACAACACCUAGCUGUUAGCCAUGAGAAAGGAAAGAUCACAGUUCUCCAAUUAUCAGCUUUACUCAAACAGGCUGACUCAAGCAAACGUAAACUGACUCUAACUCGACUAGCUUCUGCUCCAGUUCCUUUCACUGUUCUGAGUUUGACUGGAAACCCAUGUAAUGAAGAUUAUCUUGCAGUGUGUGGUCUAAAGGACUGCCACGUUCUGACAUUCAGCAGCUCAGGAUCAGUGUCUGAUCACCUAGUUCUCCAUCCCCAACUUGCCACUGGCAAUUUCAUAAUUAAAGCAGUGUGGCUGCCAGGGUCACAAACAGAACUUGCGAUUAUAACAGCAGAUUUUGUCAAGGUGUAUGAUUUAUCCACUGAUGCUUUGAGUCCAAUGUACUACUUUCUUUUGCCAAGCUCAAAGAUUCGUGACACAACGUUUCUGUUCAACGAGGAAGGGAAAAGUAUUAUCGUUAUUAUGUCUUCAGCAGGUUAUAUGUACACACAAGUGAUGGAGGAAGCUAGCAGUGCUCAGCAUGGCCCAUUCUAUGUCACAAAUGUGUUUGAAAUCAUGCACGAGGAUCUGAAGGAUAAUAAUGGACAGGUUGCUGGUGGUGGUGUCUCAGUAUACUACUCCCAUGUUCUCCAAAUGCUGUUUUUUAGUUACAGUCAGGGCAAAUCCUUUGCAGCCAUGUUAAGCCGCACAACCCUGGAGGUGCAACGUCUUUUCCCUAUCAACUUGAAGAGUUCCAAUGGUGGAAGUGGAAAGACUGUUCCUGCCUUAUGCCAAUGGUCAGAAGUGAUGAACCAUCCUGGUCUUGUUUGCUGCGUCCAACAAACAACUGGAAUUCCACUUGUUAUAAUGGUCAAACCAGACACGUUCCUUAUCCAGGAAAUAAAAACCUUACCAGCCAAAGCCAAGAUUCAGGAUAUGGUUGCAAUUCGCCACACAGCCAGCAAUGAUCAGCAAAGAACCACAAUGAUACUUCUGUGUGAGGAUGGCAGCCUGAGAAUCUACAUGGCAAAUGUUGAGAACACCUCUUAUUGGUUACAGCCUUCACUCCAGCCAAGCAGUGUCAUCAGUAUUUUAAAACCUGUUCGCAAGCGCAAGGCUGCAGCUGCCACAACACGUACCUCCAGUCAGGUUACAUUUCCAAUUGAUUUUUUUGAACACAACCAGCAGCUGACUGAUGUUGAAUUUGGGGGCAAUGACUUGCUACAGGUGUACAAUAUGCAACAGAUUAAGCAUCGGUUGAACUCCACAGGCAUGUAUGUGGCCAGCACGAAGCCAGGUGGGUUCACAGUGGAAGGCGUUAACAACAAUGCCACCAUGGUCAUGACUGGGAUGCGUAUCCAGGUUGGGACACAGGCAAUUGAGAGAGCUCCAUCCUAUAUUGAGAUUUUUGGUCGUACUAUGCAGUUGAACAUGACAAGAGCUCGUUGGUUUGAUUACCCAUUCACACGUGAAGAGGCACUACAGGCUGAUAAGAAGCUAACCAUUUUUGUUGGUGCAUCAGUAGAUCCUGCAGGGGUUACAAUGGUUGAUUCAAUAAAAAUAUAUGGAAAAACAAAGGAGCAAUUUGGUUGGCCUGAUGAGCCUCCAGAGGAUUUCCCAUCAGCUGCUGUAAAUAAUGUCUCUGCUCCGAGUGUCAGCCAGAGUAGCACCACUGGAGAAGUGGACUCAGCUACUCCAUCCUCCACCAGUGGUUCUGUCCUUGAGAGUUGUGAAACUGAAUCCCUAAGCUCCUUAGACCGGCUGGUGGUAAGCUCCAUGGAGGUUCUGGAAAGCUGCUUUGCUGUUGGAUGCUCAAUUGAAAAGGAAAAGAAUAAGCAGACAGCAUUAGAAAUGGCCACAACGUUGUUAUCAAUGCCAACUCCUUCCAGUGUUCAACAGCAAACUAAGAGUCUGCUAGCGAGUCUUCACAACAGUCGUGGCAGUUAUCACAAUCAUAAGGAUCAGGCUUUGCUGAAUAAUGCUGUGCACAUUCUUAAUACUUGGAAUAAAGAUGGUCGUGAUCUUGACCCAGAAGUGUUCCAACGACUAAUAAUCACAGCUCGUUCAAUCGCCAUGAUGCGACCCAAUAAUCUUGUGCACUUCACUGAGGUGAAAACAUCACAGUCUGAUAAAGAGGGAACGGACGAACGAGAUCAUGUCCACAGGAGCGCAGAAGCUGAAGGCUGCAGUUUUAUUAUGCAGUUAGUUUCUCAUUUCUGGAGACUCCAUGCAUCCAAGCCUAAGAAUGCAUUCCUGGCUCCUGCUUGCCUACCUGGUCUGACUCACAUUGAGGCAACAGUGAAUGCUUUGAUUGACAUUAUUCAUGGUUAUUGCACUUGUGAGCUGGACUACAUAAAUGCUGCUGCAAAAGUUUACAUGCAGAUGCUGCUGUGUCCUGAUCACUCAGUGAGUUUUGCUUGCAAGCAGGCACUGAUACGUGUGUUGAGACCACGGAGCAAACGCAGGCAUGUCACCCUACCAUCCCCUCCCCGCAGCAACACCCCAAUGGGUGAUAAAGAUGACGAUGACGAUGAUGAUGCUGAUGAUAAAAUGCAACCAUCAGGAAUGCCAGGCAGUGAAAAUAUCCGUCAAGAAAGUCAGGAACAAAGUGAAGUGGAUCAUGGAGACUUUGAAAUGGUGUCGGAAUCGAUGGUUUUAGAGUCAGCUGAAAAUGUGACUAAUGGAAACCCUUCUCCUCUGGAAGCUCUGCUGGCGGGAGAAGAGGGCUUCCCACCGAUGCUGGACAUUCCUCCAGAUGCUGAUGAUGAGACUAUGGUGGAGCUGGCAAUUGCACUUAGCCUGCAGCAAGAUCAGCAAGGCAGCAGCAGCAGUGCACUUGGCCUACAAAGCCUGGGGCUAUCUGGGCAGGCACCUAGCUCCUCCUCCUUGGAUGCAGGGACACUCUCUGAUACUACAGCUUCAGCUCCAGCCUCUGAUGAUGAAGGGAGCACAGCAGCAACAGAUGGAUCAACACUGCGGACAUCACCAGCAGAGCACGGUGGCAGUGUGGGGUCAGAGAGCGGGGGAAGUGCUGUUGAUUCUGUUGCCGGAGAACACUGUGUAUCUGGGCGCAGCAGUGCAUAUGGCGAUACAACGGCGGAGGGACAUCCUACAGGUCCAGGCAGUGUCAGCUCCAGCACUGGAGCAAUUAGUACCACUACGGGGCAGCAAGAAGGUGAAGGAUCGGAAGGAGAAGGUGAAACAGAUGGUGACCUACAUACAAGCAACCGGCUCCACAUGGUGCGACUGAUGUUACUUGAGAGACUCUUACAGCAUUUGCCACAGCUCCGUCAUGUUGGAGGCGUCCGAGCUAUUCCUUACAUGCAGGUAAUUUUAAUGCUGACUGCUGACUUGGAUGGAGAAGAUGAGAAAGACAAAGGAGCUUUAGACAAUUUGCUUUCCCAGCUUAUUGCCGAGCUGUGCAUGGACAAAAAGGACGUUUCUAAGAAAAAUGAUCGCAGCCCACUGAAUGAAGUGCAUUUGGUGAUCAUGAGACUUCUUAGCGUAUUUAUGUCACGAACAAAAUCCGGCUCAAAAUCUGCUUCUGAGGCUUCAUCACUGAUCUCCAAUGCCACAGCCACUGCAUUAUUAAGUUCAGGAGCCAUUGACUAUUGUCUUCACGUUCUUAAAUCAUUGUUGGAUUACUGGAAAACACAGCAGGGUGAAGAAGAAACUGUAGCAACAAGUCAACUCCUGAAACCACAUACUUCUUCAUCACCACCAGACAUGAGCCCAUUUUUCUUGCGACAAUAUGUGAAGGGGCAUGCUGCGGAUGUGUUUGAGGCAUACUCACAGCUCCUGACUGAAAUGGUGCUGAGGUUACCAUACCAAAUCAAGAAGAUUGCUGAUGCAAACUCUCGGAUUCCCCCACCUAUUUUCGACCACUCUUGGUUCUACUUCCUGUCUGAAUAUCUCAUGAUCCAGCAGACACCAUUUGUGCGUCGUCAAGUUCGCAAACUGCUUUUGUUCAUUUGUGGGUCAAAGGAAAAGUACCGUCAGCUACGUGACCUACACACACUUGACUCUCAUGUUCGAGGAAUUAAGAGGCUGCUGGAGGAGCAGGGGAUCCAUCUGAGAGGUGGUGUAGUUACAGCUUCAUCAGGAUCUGCUCUGCAGUAUGACACACUCAUUAGCUUGAUGGAGCACUUAAAGGCCUGUGCUGAGAUUGCCAGCCAACGAACAGUGAACUGGCAAAAAUUCUGCCUGAAGGAUGAUUCUGUUCUGUAUUUCUUACUUCAGGUUAGUUUUCUUGUGGAUGAAGGAGUCUCUCCAGUUCUCCUGCAGUUGCUUUCCUGUGCAUUAUGUGGCAGUAAAGUGGUCUCCACAACAACAUCCAGCAGCACUGGGGGUACUGGGACAGCCACUACCUCCUCCAGCUCAGGGCAGUCUGGAUCUCAAUCCAAGUCAUCUAGUAAAAAAAGCAAGAAAGAGGAGCGAGAGAAGGAAAAGGAUGAGAACACAAGCAGCCAGGAAGAUCAGCUCUGCACAGCAUUGGUCAAUCAACUGAAUAAAUUUGCGGACAAAGAAACAUUGAUUCAGUUUUUAAGAUGUUUCCUGUUGGAGUCAAAUUCCUCAGCUGUGCGUUGGCAGGCUCACUGCCUUACUCUACAUAUAUAUAGGAGUUCUGGAAAAUCACAACAGGAGCUUUUACUGGACCUGAUGUGGUCAAUUUGGCCAGAGCUCCCAGCUUAUGGACGCAAGGCCGCACAGUUUGUGGAUCUGCUGGGAUACUUCUCACUCAAGACUCAACAGACGGAAAAAAAGCUGAAAGAGUAUUCACACAAGGCAGUGGAGAUCCUUCGCACUCAAAACCAUAUUCUCACCAACCACCCCAACUCUAACAUUUAUAACAUGCUGUCCGGUCUGGUUGAAUUUGAUGGCUACUACCUGGAGAGUGAUCCAUGUUUAGUAUGUAAUAACCCGGAGGUGCCAUUCACUAAUAUAAAGCUUUCAUCAAUCAAGGUGGAUACUCGCUAUACAACUACACAACAAGUAGUAAAACUGAUUGGCAGUCACACAAUCAGCAAAGUAACUGUAAAGAUUGGAGAUUUAAAACGUACGAAGAUGGUUCGUACUAUUAACCUGUAUUACAACAAUAGGACUGUUCAGGCUAUUGUAGAACUAAAAAACAAGCCUGCUCGAUGGCACAAGGCAAAAAAAGUCCAACUAACACCAGGGCAGACAGAGGUAAAGAUUGAUUUACCACUUCCCAUUGUGGCAUCCAACCUUAUGAUUGAGUUUGCAGACUUCUAUGAGAAUUACCAGGCAUCAACUGAGACCCUACAGUGUCCACGCUGCAGUGCAUCUGUUCCAGCUAAUCCAGGUGUUUGCGGUAACUGUGGCGAGAAUGUUUACCAGUGUCACAAAUGCAGAUCUAUUAACUAUGAUGAGAAAGAUCCAUUUUUGUGCAAUGCAUGUGGCUUCUGCAAGUAUGCACGAUUUGAUUUUAUGCUUUAUGCCAAACCGUGUUGUGCAGUGGAUCCAAUCGAAAAUGAAGAGGAUAGAAAGAAGGCAGUGACAAACAUAAAUACUUUAUUGGAUAAAGCUGAUCGUGUUUAUCAUCAGCUGAUGGGACACAGGCCACAGCUUGAAACUUUGUUGGUGAAAGUCAGUGAGGCUGCUCCUGAGAAACCACAGGAUGAUUCCAAUGCUGUUACUGGAAUCAGCUCAACAGCAGCCAGUGUGAAUCGUUAUAUUCAGCAACUGGCACAAGAGUAUUGUGGAGACUGCAAGACAUCCUUUGAUGAGCUAUCCAAAAUCAUUCAGAAAGUUCUGGCUUCACGGAAGGAACUGCUGGAAUAUGAUCUUCAGCAGCGGGAAGCUGCUACAAAGUCUUCACGAUCCACAGCACAGCCCACAUUCACCGCGAGUCAAUAUCGGGCCCUCUCUGUCCUUGGCUGUGGACAUACCUCUUCAACAAAGUGUUAUGGCUGUGCCUCAGCUGUUACUGAGCAUUGUAUAACACUCCUUCGCGCCCUCGCUACAAAUAGCACCAUCAGACAGAUUCUGGUUUCUCAGGGUCUUAUCCGUGAGCUGUUUGAUUAUAACCUGCGGAGAGGCACAGCCUCAAUGAGAGAGGAAGUCAGACAACUGAUGUGCUUGUUAACAAGAGACAACCCCGAGGCAACACAGCAAAUGAAUGAUCUGAUAAUUGCCAAGGUUUCAACUGCACUGAAAGGACACUGGGCUAACCCGGAUUUGGCCAGCAGUCUUCAGUAUGAGAUGCUGUUACUGACAGAUUCAAUUUCAAAAGAAGAUGCAUGCUGGGAACUGCGACUCCGAUGUGCACUAAGUUUGUAUCUAAUGGCCGUGAACAUAAAGACCCCCGUGGUGGUUGAAAAUAUCACUCUGAUGUGUCUGCGUAUUCUACAACGACUGAUUAAACCACCUGCCCCAACUAGCAAGAAAAACAAGGACAUCUCUGUUGAUACACUUACAACUGUCAGACCUUAUAGCAAUGAGAUACAUGCACAGGCUCAGGCAUGGCUUAAGAAAGAUCCCAAGGCAUCAUAUGAAGCUUGGAAGAAGUGUCUACCUGCCAGAGGCCUGGACACGGAAGGAAAAACCCAGAGUAAAACUGAGCUGCGACACCUUUACCUCAUGGAGAAGUAUGUUUGGAAAUGGAAGCAGUUCCUGAGCAAACGCGGGAAGAGAAAUUCUCCACUAGACCUCAAACUGGGACAUAAUAACUGGCUCAGACAGGUUUUGUUCACUCCUGCCACACAAGCUGCACGACAGGCUGCUUGUACAAUUGUGGAGGCACUGACCACCAUUCCAAGCCGCAAACAACAGGUCCUUGAUCUUCUCACCAGUUACCUUGAUGAACUUAGUGUUGCUGGGGAAUGUGCAGCUGAGUAUCUCGCACUCUAUCAGAAGCUUAUUAAACCAGCUCAUUGGAAGAUAUAUCUGGCAGCUCGGGGAGUGCUGCCAUACAUUGGAAACCUGAUAACUAAGGAAAUUGCUCAUUUACUAGCACUGGAGGAGGCAACUCUCAGCACUGACUUGCAACAGGGAUAUGCAUUAAAAAGCCUUACUGCCUUGCUUUCAUCCUUUGUGGAGGUGGAAUCAAUAAAACGUCAUUUCAAGAGCCGCCUGGUGGGCACAGUGCUCAAUGGUUACUUGUGUCUGCGAAAACUUGUGGUCCAACGAACAAAACUUAUUGAUGAGACACAAGACAUGUUGCUGGAGAUGUUGGAGGAUAUGACAACAGGCACAGAGUCAGAAACAAAGGCAUUCAUGGCUGUCUGCAUUGAAACAGCUAAGCGAUACAGUCUUGAUGAUUACCGAACACCAGUCUUCAUCUUUGAGCGGUUAUGCAGCAUUAUCUACCCAGAGGAAAAUGAAGUGACAGAAUUCUUUGUGACCUUGGAAAAGGAUCCUCAGCAGGAAGAUUUCCUUCAGGGCAGAAUGCCAGGAAAUCCCUACAGCAGCAACGAGCCUGGCAUUGGGCCUCUCAUGAGAGACAUCAAGAAUAAGAUUUGUCAGGACUGCGACCUUGUAGCACUGCUAGAAGAUGACAGUGGGAUGGAGCUCCUAGUAAACAAUAAAAUCAUCAGCUUGGAUCUGCCUGUGGCUGAAGUGUAUAAAAAGGUCUGGUGUCCUGCUAAUGAGGGGGAACCAAUGCGUAUAAUCUACCGAAUGCGAGGGCUUCUAGGGGAUGCAACUGAGGAGUUUAUUGAAUCAUUGGAUUCAACUACAGAUGAGGAAGAGGAUGAGGAGGAAGUGUAUAAAAUGGCAGGAGUAAUGGCCCAGUGUGGUGGCCUUGAAUGUAUGCUAACCAGAUUGGCUGGGAUCAAAGACUUCAAGCAAGGUCGCCACCUUUUAACUGUGCUGCUGAAGCUGUUCAGUUAUUGUGUAAAGGUGAAGGUUAAUCGGCAGCAACUGAUUAAACCAGAAAUGAACCCACUUAAUGUAAUGCUGGGAACACUCAACUUGGCACUGCUGGCUGAACAGGAGAGUAAAGAUAGUGGGGGUGCAACUGUUGCUGAGCAAGUGCUGAGCAUCAUGGAGAUAAUUCUAGACGAAGCAAAUGCGGAGCCACUGACCGAGGACAGGGGUAACCUGCUGCUAACAGGAGACAAAGAUCAAUUAGUGAUGUUGCUAGACCAGAUAACUUCAACGUUUGUCCGUUCCAAUCCAAGCGUACUCCAAGGACUGCUGCGCAUUAUCCCGUACUUGUCCUUCGGAGAAUUAGAAAAAAUGCAGAUUCUUGUUGAUCGAUUUAAACCUUACUGUAAUUUUGACAAAUAUGAUGAAGAGCAUAACACAGAUGACAAGGUUUUCCUGGAUUGUUUCUGUAAAAUUGCUGGAGGCAUAAAAAACAAUAGCAAUGGACAUCAAUUGAAGGACCUCAUCCUGCAGAAGGGAAUUACCCAGAAUGCUUUAGAAUAUAUCCGGAAGCAUAUUCCAAGUGCAAAGAAUCUUGAUGCAGAUGUGUGGAAGAAAUUCUUAGCAAAACCAUCUCUUCCUUUUAUUCUUCGCCUACUGCGGGGACUGGCUAUGCAGCACCCCCCCACACAAAUGUUAAUUGGAAUGGACUCCAUCACAAACUUGCAUAAAUUGGAGCAGGUUUCCAGUGAUGAAGGCAUUGGGACUCUGGCUGAAAACCUGCUGGAAGCCCUGCGGGAACACCCAGAGGUCAACAGGAAAAUUGAAGCAGCACGAAAAGAGACACGGGCAGAAAAGAAACGAAUGGCAAUGGCUAUGCGGCAGAAAGCAUUGGGCACGCUUGGAAUGACGACGAAUGAAAAAGGCCAGGUGGUCACCACAACAACAUUACUGAAGCAGAUGGAAGAACUGAUUGAGGAACCAGGCUUGACCUGCUGCAUUUGCCGUGAAGGUUAUAAAUUUCAGCCAACCAAGGUGUUGGGGAUUUACACCUUCACAAAGCGUGUUGCAAUUGAAGAAUUCGAAAACAAACCACGGAAACAGCAGGGAUACAGUACCGUCUCACAUUUUAAUAUUGUCCACUAUGAUUGCCAUCUUGCUGCUGUCAGGUUGGCACGUGGUCGAGAGGAGUGGGAAAGCGCUGCGUUACAAAAUGCAAACACCAAGUGUAAUGGAUUGCUUCCUGUGUGGGGUCCACAUGUACCAGAAUCUGCAUUUGCUACAUGUUUGGCAAGACACAACACCUACUUACAAGAAUGCACUGGCCAGCGUGAACCCACCUACCAACUAAAUGUUCAUGAUAUUAAACUACUCUUCCUGCGUUUUGCAAUGGAACAGUCAUUUAGUGUUGAUACUGGUGGUGGAGGCAGAGAGAGCAACAUCCAUCUAAUCCCUUACAUAAUGCACACAGUUCUCUAUGUCCUUAACACGACACGGGCAACGUCAAGAGAAGAGAAAAAUCUACAAAGUUUCUUGGAACAGCCAAAGGAGAAAUGGGUUGAAAAUGCUUUUGAGGUGGAUGGAGCAAACUAUUUUACAGUCUUGGCACUGCACGUUUUCCCACCCGAGAAAUGGAAAGCUGUUCGUGUUGAUUUUCUAAAACGUCUCCUGGUCACUGCCCAAGCAAGGAAAGCAUCGCCUAGUGGUUCCAACAAACUAUCUGACAAGACGGUGAAGGAAUACUCUGUGUACCGGCCUGCACUGCUCUGCUGGGGAUUAGUGGACCUUAUUUAUGGUAUUUUCAAGAAGGUUCCAACAAGUAACACAGAGGGUGGCUGGUCUUACUCUCUUGCUGAAUACAUUCGACACAAUGACAUGCCGAUUUAUGAGACAACAGAAAGAUCCCUCAGAAUUUUCCAGGAUGAAUUCAUGACUGCUGAAUCCUUUGCUGAAUUCCUAGAUGCUGCAGGUCUCUUAUCAGAAAUUGAAGAUCCUGACAAUUUCCUGAAAGAUCUCUUUAACUCUGUUCCCUAGAAUGUUCCAAGUUAAUCUGCUUUAAAACAAAGCAAAUAUUUAACUGUACUUUUAGAAAUACUGAGUUUGAAUUUUCACUUCUGAAAUGAUUGAAAUUAAUUUUAGGCUCAGUUCUUCAGCAAUGCUUAUUUAGUUACUACUUUUUUCUGUGUGAUUGUUCUGGAUUUAAGAUUUUAACGUGUACAAAGUAAUGGUCGUUUAGCCUGACUGCAUGAAGUACAUUUGGUUUAAAUUCCUAUUUUGUUCUUGUAUCCAGUACUUCAGUGAAACAAGACACCAAUUUAAAUGUUAUGCGAAAACUCUGGUUCAUUAUUACAUCCAAUAAAAUUAAAUCAUGAUU